UUUGCAUUGCUAAAUUGCUAAACUAGAAAAUAAAAUACCACCCAUUGUGUGUUUUUCUGUGACAUUAGAGAGCUGUCAAUGUGAGCAGUAUAUUUUACAGUUGUUUAAAAAACUGCUGAGAAGGGCGGUUUCAGAGGUAACUAGGUAAACGGAAGUAGAAACGGUAGAUUAGUUGACCUAAACAUGGCGCCUUUGCUGGAUCACAAAAUUGGCGUCGCUAUGUUAUCUUCUUUACCUUGGCGAUCAAAAUCGAAUCUCUUGACAUGUUCACUCGUUUUGCUUAUUUACCUGACGUCGCAUCCAUCCUUGGCCAAACCGAGCAGCCUCAAAGAGAUCACGGACGGAAACUGGGAAGACAUCUUGGCAGGGGAAUGGAUGAUUGAAUUUUUUGCCCCGUGGUGUCCGGCGUGCCAACAGCUCCAGCCCGUGUGGAAUGAGUUUGCCGACUGGGGUGAGGACAUGGGCGUCAACAUAGCGAAGGUGGACGUUACUGAACAGCCUGGUUUGAGCGGGCGAUUCAUCAUCACUUCACUUCCGACCAUCUACCACUGUAAGGAUGGUGUGUUCAGGAGGUACCAGGGGGCUCGCACCAAAGAUGACUUGCUAAGCUUUAUUGAUGAGAAGAAGUGGCAGGGCAUUGAGCCCGUGUCUUCCUGGUUUGGACCAUCUUCCUUCAUGAUGAACACAAUGUCCGCUCUCUUCAAGCUGUCAAUGUUCAUUCGGCGUUGCCAUAACUACCUGAUAGAGCAUUUGGGGAUUCCAGUGUGGGGCUCAUAUGUCAUCUUUGGACUGGCCACUCUCUUCUCUGGCCUAGUCCUGGGACUGAUACUGGUGUUCAUUGCAGAUUUUGUCUUCCCAUCGCGACGAUUUAACUCCCCAAACUACUACCAGAAGAAACAGACAAUGGAACAAGCCAGGCUGAUUCAGCAGCUGGAGGAGGAGCAGGAGGCGGACGGAGAAGAGGAUGAUGAAGACGAUGAAGAUGGAGAACAGGACGAUGUCUGGAGGAGGAGAGCGUCUCCCGAGGGGCGUCCAGAGGAGGUGCUGCGAAAAAGGGUGGUGGGCAACCAUGAGGACUCCUAGAGGCCUGGAGGGGAACUGAAGAUGCCCCUUCAAACAGCGAGGAAGGGGAUGGGGCCUGGUUUGGGGCCUAAGCUCAUUUUUAUAAAGUGCCUCAGAAUAGGAGUACUGAUCUAGGAUUUUUAGAUCAUGAUAACUAAGAUGCCAUGGACAGGUGGAACUGAUCCCAGAUCAGCACUCCCAUUCUGCGGUGCUUUAUGAACACGGGACCUGGUCCUGAGCAGCAGUAGAGUUUACAGCUUACAGAGCCAUAGCAACACGCUGGCAAGGCCUCGGCGACGCCUUGCUUCUUCUCCCUUCAGCUUCACCAGGAGUGCCCCGUAUUCUGACCGCUCUACUCUCACCACCAGCACCCUCCCCUGGACUGGAGGUGCUACUGCACACGCCCAACACCAUUAUCAUGUUCUUUAGGCAUCAAAUGAAGGUAAACAGACUGGAACAGGAAGUGUUUAUCCAUGUCCAAUAUGAAAUUCUCCUUUUUCAUUCUCCGUUGGAAAAGAUUUUUACAAAAAUUGUCCCUAAUGAACACAAA